AGUUAACAAUGCCGGUAUUUCGUUAACUCCAUUUGCGACAACUGUAGAUGGUAUUCAAGAUCAGUUUGGCACUAAUCAUAUUGGCCAUUUUGUCUUCACACUCUUGCUGUUGCCAACCAUCAAAGCUUCGGCUCCAUCACAUAUUGUAAAUGUUAGCAGUGGGAUGCAUAAAUUUGCACCUUCACCAGCAGGGAUAGAGUUUGAAAAGUUGAAUGAUCCAAAGGCUCUUACCUCUUCUCAAAGAUACAGUCAAUCAAAACUCGCAAAUAUUUUAUUUACUCUUGAGCUUAAUAAAAGACUUUCAGGAACAAAUGUUUAUUGUAAUUGUCUCCAUCCAGGUGUCGUAAGGACUGAGGCAUCACGUGGAAUGGAAGCUGACUGGGGAUCUUGGAUAAAACCAAUUAUCUCUGUAAUUACCUUUUUCUUUUUAGCACCUGAUGAUGGUGCUUUAACUCAACUUUAUUGUGCUACAAGUCCUGAAAUUGAGGAGAAAAAUCUUCGUGGAAAAUAUUUUGUACCAUUUGGUGAAGUAGGUGAACCUACUACUCAAGCUAAAGAUGAAGAAUUGGCAAAAAAAUUAUGGGAUUUUUCUGAAAAUUUCGUUAAAGAAAAGUUGGAUGCUGGUGAAAUAAAAUCUGAGUGGCAAAAUAAUUUCACCACUAUUGGUGAAAUUGGCGUUGAAUUGUUGAAAUUGGUGAAAUUAAUUUCACCAGCAUCUCUAGUCAUUUCAUGGCAUAAUCCAUUUGCGGCAACUGUAGAUGGUAUUCAAGACCAGUUUGGCGUUAAUCAUAUUGGCCAUUUUCUCUUCACACUUUUACUGCUGUCAACCAUCAAAGCUUCGGCUCUAUCACGUAUUGUAAAUGUUAACAGUCGUGCUCAUGAAAAAGCGCCACCAGCUGGAAUAGAAUUUGAAAAGUUGAAUGAUCCAGAG